UGAGUCUUUAGGGUUCCCUCCAGUCCCGCUUCUAGAAAGUUGGGAAUAUUGUGUUUGUUCCGUUAUAUUUAUACGGUGGGAAGUAAUGUUCAGUAUUAUAGACUGUACGCUGUGUGUAGUGUUGUCUUUAUUUAAAUUCCAAGUGUUGUGUCGAGGCGACGCUACUUUCGUCUAUUGUGUCAGUGCAGUGUUUCGCUCCGAAGUGUGUUUCAAGCCGCACAUAACCUCAAUGUUGUGUCUCCGGCGGCGUCACGUGUAAGGUUCCCCUAUCGACCCACAGCUGUCAUCUGUUGAAAACUAACCUCACUCUCCUUUUACUGGGCUGAUGCAUUUGUCUCAGUAUUCACAAACAGAACUUGAUCAGGACAAGGAAGGUCCAGGGGCUGCCGUCGGCUGUGAGAAGAGAAAAGCCUCUGAGGACAUCGAACCCAAUAAGGACUUAAAGAAGGCCAAGUUGGAGACGAAGGCGCUCAAAGCGAAGAGGCCGGGCUUCACCGACGACCGCUAUAACGAGACCUCCUACUACAUUGAGAAUGGUCUCCGCAAAGUCUACCCCUACUACUUCACGUUCACGACGUUCACCAAGGGUCGGUGGGUGGGUGAGAAGAUCCUGGACGUGUUCGCCAGGGAGUUCCGUGCACAUCCUGCCGAAGAAUACGAGAGGUGUAUCAGGACGGGCUCCCUGACCGUGAACUACGAGAAGGUGGACGUGGACUACCGCCUCAAACACAAUGAUCUCCUGGCAAACAUCGUGCACAGACACGAGACUCCAGUCUUAGCUAAGCCCUUGAGACUGAUCCAUGUUGACGAUGACAUAGUGGUUCUCGACAAACCCUGUUCACUGCCGGUACACCCAUGCGGACGCUACCGACACAACACCGUAGUCUUCAUCCUUGCCAAGGAGUACCACCUGAAGAACCUCAGGACCAUUCAUCGUCUGGAUCGCCUGACCAGUGGACUGCUCCUGUUUGGUCGGACGCCCAAGAAGGCGCGCCAGAUGGAACACCAGAUACGCAACCGCCAGGUGCAGAAGGAGUAUGUCUGUCGGGUUGAGGGCGAGUUCCCCGAUGUUGUGGAGUGUGCCGAGCCGAUAGAAGUUGUCAGCUACAAGAUCGGAGUCUGCAAGGUCUCGCCCAAGGGGAAGGAAUGCAACACCACCUUCCAGCGGCUAGGGUACAACCCGGAGACCAACACCAGCGUGGUGCUGUGUCUGCCGCACACGGGGCGCAUGCAUCAAAUCAGGGUACACCUGCAAUAUCUGGGUUACCCUGUGGUAAACGAUCCUCUCUACAACCACUUGGUUUUCGGCCCCGAGAAGGGACGAGGAGGAAACAUCGGCAAGUCGGACGAGGAUCUGAUACGAGACCUCAUCUCCAUCCACAAUGCUGAAAACUGGCUAGGAAUGGACGGAGAUUCGGAUCUCUCCAUGUUCAAACCACUCCUCAAUUAUGAUGAUGAUGACAAAGGCCCCAGUAGAGAGCCGUCACCAUGUGAGGGAGGGUUGCCUCCACCACCACCCCUGCCGUGUGCUCGCAGCUCCAAGGUAACAGUUGCCACCCAGACGGGGCAUGAGGCCCCUGACCUGGCGUUCCAUCCUGAUAAACUCACCAGUGACCCCCAUUGCUACGAGUGUAAGGUCAAAUACCGUGACCCCAAGCCUCGGGAUCUCGUUAUGUACCUGCACGCUUGGAAGUAUAGGGGUCCAGGGUGGAGUUAUCAGACGGAGCUUCCCGAGUGGGCCAGGAUCGACUGGGUGGAUACUGACGAUUGAAAAUCCUCCCAGUGGCACAAUUUAGGGUCCAACACAGAUACCAGAGCUACCUACUUCUCAUAGGAUUGUUCAGUUGAAUCCCACCCGUCUCGACAACAAACAACUAAUGUUCUAUUUAAGAAAUCAGGUUUGGUUAGGUGUCUAGAACUAAAUCUGUGACGUCUGUAAAUCCGAUAUGUAGUAAAUUUGUGUUAGAACUUUCUUACCCAAUAGUAUGGAGUGGUAAACUGGAACUUUCAUUUUAAAUUUUUUAUAUAGAUAUGCCUUUUAAAGUAAUUUUUUUUAAAACAGUUCAUAUUUAAUUUGUAAAAUAUUAUAUUAAAAGUUAUUAUAACAUUUUAACGUUUUCCAUUUAAAAAUUAUUGUUGAGAACUGAAUAUUCAUGAAUUUUUAUAUUAAUGCUAAAUAUUUAUUAUUGUGUAAAUAAUUAAUUUUGUAACAUUAAUGAAAUUCUUAAUAGUGAUAUCAUUUCUCUCUCUUUCUAAUGUUUGCUAUUUAUUUUACUAUUUUAUUACUAUUUAAAUGUUGAUUAAAAUGUUUUAAUCUAAUAUCAUCAACACUUCUCUUCAAAUAUUAAUAUCUCUUUUGGUUAAAAUUAUAUAUGUAUUAUAUACGUCAAAUAAAGCUUAGUAUUACGUUUUAAGACAUUUAAAUUUAAACCCACACUUUGUAAAUUAGCCUUUUAAUCAGUAUUUUAAUUUUAUUGUAUGACAGAAUAAAAUAUACAGAGAUGAGUAUUUUCACCUAGACUAUUUAAAAAAAUCCACAAUGAUUUUUAUUUUCACAUUGACUAAACAGCUGCUUUAAUUUUUACCAAACCUGGUUUCUUAAUAUAUUCUGAGUGUAAAUUAACAAAAAAUUUGACAGCCCUAUUUUGUUAUUCCCCCACGAGGGCAGGUUAAGUUCCCUGUUAUUGUUUUAAGUGUUUGUGUAAAAUAUUGUUGUUAUGUUUCAUUGUGUUUUCAAGUAAAACAUGAGCUUAAGGACCUGAGUGAUUCUGUGUCUUGUGUUUUAAUUAAGAAAAAAGACAUUAUAAAUAGGUUAUAGUGCUUGAUAUAUAGCAGUGGCGUUUAUGUAGUGGUGAGUGCAUGGACGUCUGCCUGUAAUGGUUAACCUCAUUAAUAUCUUGGCUAUUUCUGUACACUACUAAGACAAAUUUUAGCAUUAAAUACACAAUUAAUUUCAACUCAAUUACAAUAAGUUUCAGUAAGUUGGUUUGUUGUGUUCCAUUUUAUUUUUUUUUAAUUUGUAGUUUGAUAAAAAUUAAUAUUAAUAAAGUAAUAAACAGUUUUGUAAUAUUUAAUAUUUUGCUUAGGUUUACUACCCAUAAUCAUAGAAAGUAAACUGUACAGUAAAAAUUAAUUAACUUCUAUAAUCUCACAAUCAAAGCCAAGCAGACUUUUUGAGGUUAUCCGCUAUGAAAGUAUGAUGUUUUUGCCCAGAUGUUGUAUGUACUGUAGUAGGACUUAAAAGUUAAACAGGUCGGUAUAUUUUACGCUACCGGUUACGCACAAUUUGAGAUUAUUUUGAGAAUAAACAUAAUUUUAUUUUGUGGUUUUACAAUAUUUCUUACAGUAGAAUUUUAUUUUUGUCAUGAUUAGCGUUUAGUUGAUUCAGUACAAUGUGAAGUUUGCCAAUUUAGUGUUGUUAAUAUUGCUGUGUCGUUAUGGAAUUUCAAAUUUCAAUAGUGUAACUGUUUCUUUUUACCCCAACAACAGCGUUGGGUACUGGAUAGUUAAUUAGUUUAGAACAAGAAUCUGUGAAGUGAACCAAAGUAUUCUACUGAGGCAGAUGUCCGUUGUUGUAUCUGGGUAGGCUGUGAUGUCGUCGGUCGACCAAGUACGUGUAAUCACGUGACGUGACGCCGUGCGACGCAACACGACACACAACACUUGCUCUAGUUGCCUCUCGAGAGGUUCCCCUCUCCUUUGCCUUCUUACCACUAUUCUUUCCCAGACAGUGUGCCUUGGACUUAUCGUCUGACAAACAUUAAUUGAAUCCACAGGAGGGAGCUGUCGUUGUUUUCUUUGAUGACAGUUUUUAAACCCGUAAAAGUAGUUGUGGCGUAGGUGACCACCGAUGUCUUUUAAACACUGUAGAAGUCUUUUAUAAGAGAGCUCCUCUUUAUCUGUUUCUGUGUUUUCAAUCAAUGUUUAUAUCCUGCUUAAAAGAAAAUCAUGAUUUUUUAAAUAUCGAAAUAGUUUUUAUUUUGUACGUAGCUAGUCUCACGCUGUUAGUAAUGUUAAGGUACGCCCGAGGGUGAGCUUAUGUAAUAUAUUCAGUGUUCUUUUUUUCGUUAUAUCUUAGCCUACGUAGAACAUAUCAUUGCUUGACCGUCGAUUCAGUUCCAGCGCCAUGAUAAUCUUCUGAAAUUGUCCGAAUUACUAGUUUGACAUCAGUGCUUAGUGGUUUUAUUGUUUUUUUAGGUUAAGUAGUCAAAACAAAGCCUAGGUUACGUUUGUAAAUGUUCAUAGAGACAUGUGAAGUGCCUGUAUAUGUGUUCGACACAAAGAGUCCUAAAAGUGGUCAGAAACUUUCCAACAGAUUUUUUUUCCCUGUAAUUAUACUACAAUUGAUUGAUGACUAUAUUAAAAUGUAAACUGUUACUUAUAGAGUGUACAUGUGAGAACGAUGUAACAUUUAAAAUUUAGGAGUGUUUUCAGUGGUUUUACUCAAAAUAUUUUCAGAUCAAAAUGUAAGUUUUAUAAGACUAUAUAAAUGUUUGGAGUUAAUAAAAAAUGUAUUUGUUAGGCAAUUGACUUGCACAUAAUGUAGUUUUGAAUGGAAGUGUUUUUCAAAUAAUGUAGGGUUUAAACAGUUAUUUAAGUAUGAAGGCAUAUAUUGGCCUUUUAACAAUGUAUCCAAACAAGUAAGCACUUUCUGUUUGUGCAAGUAAGUUGUUUGCAAGUUCUCUCUGUGUUGCUAUAUCAUCAACAUCUAAAAGGUUGACAACAUAAUUCUGCAGCUUUGAGCUCUAAUUGUUUUGUUUGUAUAAAAGAUAAUAUGUUUGAGUGUAUUUACUCCACAUAUUAUAAUAUUUUACCCCCGCUUCUGCAGUUUCAUGUAGCUACGCCAUUUAGCUUAGCGAAUUCAAGACAAUAAAGUUUUGCUGGUGAAGUGACACUAAAAUGGGGUCAAUUCACUUGACGUUCUACACCCCUCCCACUCCUAGAGCUCAUAGAUGAAUUAUUUUCUUUAGCGCUUGGCAGUCGCAGAUUAAAGUUUUUAUAUUUAUAUUAUUGAUAAACCAAUCAUAAACAUAGCCUUUACCAUUAAGCACAUAAUAUACUUACGUUAAAGUUAAGGUACACGUAAAAUUAGCAAAGUAUGAGAUGCAUUUGUAGUAAAUAUUUGAGUAAGAGAAAAAAAAUUAUAGAUUUGUUUACCAUGUUGAGAGUGCCCUGGUUUUGGUCACAGCCCGAACAGUGUACCAAGUAAAAUGAUCACAAGUUUGUUUUGAAUAAAUAUAUUUCCAACAA